AUUGUUGAUUGCUUGCGAAGCUAAUCACUCGAAACGAUGGGCGACCAAGACCCUGUAAUUUUGACCAGCUAUGGGUGUCACAAAGGAGGCGUCAACUCUCUCCAUUUCCGGCCGCAUAUGAAGCAUGUGGUGUCUGGUGGAGCCGAUUCUGUUGUUUUGCUGUGGAGCUUACAUUGUCGGCCAAACCUGCGUCAUCCUGUAGUCAGACCAUAUCGCUUCCUAGGGCAUCAGGGGCCAGUCUACUCAGUGGCUGUUUCGCCGUUAGAUAAUUUGGUGGCAUCGGGGUCCAAAGACAAGACCGUGCGACUUUGGCUCCCUACUGUGGAAGCUAAGUCAAGUGUUAUCAAGGCACAUGGGGGUGCAGUUCGCACAGUCGCAUUCAGCCACGAUGGUCAAUGUCUGCUCAGUGGAUCAGACGAUAAAACUAUAAAGAUAUGGAUGGUACAAGGGCAAAAAUUCUUGUCGACACUGAUUGGCCACAUAAAUUGGGUACGAUCUGCAGAAUUCAGUCCCGACAACAGGAGAAUUGUCUCUGGUAGUGAUGACAGGACUGUUCGACUGUGGGAUUUGGAGCGGCAUGAGUGUAUUCAGCAAUUUAAUGAUGGCAUGGGGUUAAUUAACUCUGUUCGAUUUCAUCCCAACGGCUGCCUACUUGGUACAGGUGGUUCCGACAACUGUGUUCAGAUAUGGGAUGUUCGAAGCAAAAUGCUGGUGCAGCAUUACGCUGCUAAUGGAGGGAUCGUAAAUUCUGUCUGUUUCCAUCCUUCGGGCAACUUUCUUCUUUCCACUUGUGAAGACUCAACAAUCCGUGUUUGGGACUUGCGUGAAGGUCAAAUACUUUACAGUUUGCAAGGACACGAGGGUGCUACUUUGUGUGCGGAGUUUUCGCCAACAGGAGAGUAUUUCGCGUCAGGAAGUGCAGAUGAGCAUGUGAUGCUUUGGCGAACCAAUUUCGACGACUCAAUAUGUCUUCCAGAAGAGGGAAUUCUGGGUCCAAUCCACGAGGAGGGUUCUCAUUUAGCCAAUUGUAUGGCUUGUCAAUGUGCGUGCAAGUCCUCGAAAGACUUGGCAGACAAAAUUCUUGGUGGUGAUUCACGCACUAACAUUCCUAGUCCGGUAGUGAAGCAAUCUUCGGGAGACAAGAUGCCAAAGGUUAUCGACCCAUGUUUGAGCCCGUGUUCAGUUCCAUCCCCGUGCAGAAGUCCACCCCGUCGUAGUUCACUUUGUCAAAGCAGUCUCUCAAAGCAGCGUCAAGCACAGUCCUCUCAAAUGUCCCCCAAAAACACCUGCCAGGUUGUGUUUGGAACGAGGAAGGAGAAUGAGAACUCUUCGCGGCCACUCUCUAGAGAAGGUUUUAAUGAUCCUUCGACCAUCGAAAACUGUCGUUGCAGCAGGAACUCAGAAUUUUCGACAUCGAACAUAGAAAGUUUUGGAAAAACGUUAGAGCACAUAGUUGGUCAACUCGAAGUCCUCACACGAACAGUUUCCUUACUUGAAGAGCGCCUGUCUCACACGGAGAAUAAGAUGAUAAAUUGUGAGGCAUACGAGAAAAGACAAAGACCAAGGACUGCAGGGGAUUAAUCGUGGCAAUUGAUGCGAAGCAUUUUACACUGACUUUUUGCAGUUUUUAUGAGUCUUACCUGCGGUCUUGGCUAGUCUUGUUAGCUAAGAUGUUCUCCCUUGUGAGGAAAUUUUAUUCUAUUUAAAGACGUUGAAAGUAAGCAGUUCAGUGGCUAAUCCUGUUGUAUAAUAGUAAGAUUUAAUGUUGAUCAAUUAUGCAGACUAAGGAUGUUUUCAUCAUUCCGUGUUUAAGGCUCAGCUCCAUGUUCUUUGGCGCCAUCAAUUUGCAAUGUCUGCUUCCAGCAGCCCCCUCACAAAAUUGGUGGCCUUCGACCAGCUGUAGCUGUGCAACCGUGUCGCACGCUAAUUU